AUGGCCGAAUCAGGCUCGUCAAGCGUAGCGUCAACAAGCACGCAGCCAGCAACUCCUCAAUUUAUCCAGUCCUCUAUUCCUUUACCGUCGAAACUAGACUUCAAGAGGAACUUAGCUGUGAAUUGGAAGACAUUUAAGCGGCUUUGGACAACCUACGAGAUCGCCUCACGGCUCAGUAUGCAAAGUAGUAAUCUUCGAACAGCCACAUUGUUGACAUGCAUUGGCCCAGAUAUCCUGGAGAUUUACGAUGGUUUGCCCUUCGGAAAUGAAGAGGAGAAAACCGACAUUGACAAAGUGAUAGAGCUUCUAGACGCCUUUUUAAUCGCUUUACGUUCGUUAGCUAAAACAUGCAAUUUUGGUAUCAUGCAAGAGCGAAUGAUUAGAGACAGNCGCCUUCAGCCUACUCAAACUACCCUCGUCAUGUUCAACAAAUCAGAGCUAAAACCUCUAGGAUGUACUAAGGUCGAGACCUUCAACCCCAAGAAUGGACAGUGUUACCUCACGGAAUACACCUUCGUUCCAACAGGUCACACAGCACUCCUCGGUGCUGAAUCGGUGCAGCAGUUUGGCCUCAUCGUGAUUAACACCGAUAAUAUCAUGUCUCUCUCGAAUGAGAUUCCCACACAGCCGGAUCUCGUGAGCAAAUUCGGAGAUGUCUUCUCAGGAGAAGGAAAGCUCAAAGGAAAGCUUCACCUCGAGAUUGAUAAGUCUGUAAGCCCUGUGGCACUGCCAGUGAGGAAAGUCCCCUUUGCAGUAAAAGAGCCUUUAAAACAGGAACUAGAACGCUUAGUUAAGAUAGGCAUCCUGCAACCAGUAGAUGUUCCAACAGAUUGGAUUUCCUCAAUGGUAGUCAUUAAGAAGAGCAAUGGAAAGAUAAGGCUAUGUAUCGACCCAAAACCUCUGAAUAAAGCAAUCAGGAGAAAUCAUUUUCCCCUUGCAGUGAUCGAUGAUCUACUACCGCUGCUUACAAAUGCUAAAGCCUUUAGUGUCGUAGACGCAAAGAACGGAUUUAGGCAUGUGCAGCUAGACGAUGAAAGUAGUCUUCUGACCAUAUUUGGUACCCCCUGGGGAAGGUUCCGCUGGACCCGGAUGCCCUUCGGCAUAUCACCCGCUCCGGAAGAGUUUCAGAGGAGAUUGGAAUACGCCCUGGAAGGUCUUGAUGGAAUUAAGCCAAUAUUUGAUGAUAUCCUUGUUUUUGGUGUCGGAGAAACAGAAGCUGAAGCACUUUCUGACCAUGAUGCAAAGCUGACAGCAUUGUUAGAACGCUGCCGCGCUACUGGCAUUAAGUUGAACAAGGAGAAGCUUAAGCUCCGUCGCAAAGAAGUGAAGUUUAUGGGACGUGCUAUAUGUCAAGAUAGUCUUAAGCCUGACGCAGACAAGGUACAAGGUAUCAAAGAGAUGCCAACCCGGACCACCAAACAAGACCUCAAGAGACUUCUCGGCAUGGUAAAUUACCUCCAGAAGUUCGCUCCUAACCUGUCAGAAGGUACAGCCCCAAUGAGAGACCUUUUGAGAGAAGGGAACCAGUUCCGUUGGGAUGAGCUAGUACAAGGAUGUAGUUUCAAGCGAGUUAAGGAGAUAGUCUCAGCUGCCCCUGUCCUCAAGUAUUUUGACCCCAAAGACGACGUGGAAUUGCAGUAUGAUGCAUCAGACAGAGGACUUGGUGCAUGUCUUAUGCAAGGAGGCCAGCCCGUGGCUUAUGUAUCUCGUUCUAUGACAGAAACAGAAGGGAACUAUGCCCAGAUAGAGAAAGAGAUGCUUGCAAUACUUUUCGGAGUAGAACGUUUUGAGCAGUGUGUGUAUGGUCGACCCGUCAAGAUCCAAACUGACCACAAACCCUUCGAGAGCAUCUUCCGUAAAAGUCUACACAGUGCCCCUAAACGUCUUCAGCGAAUGCUGCUAAGAUUGCAGAAGUUUGACCUCCAAUUGUCUUACAAAAAAGGGACUGAAAUGUAUCUGGCAGAUACACUGAGCAGAGCAUACAGAGUGCGCAAGAGCACAAGAGAAGAUGUAGCAGAAGAUGUUAUGUACAUAGAGGAGAUGAGAGGAGACACCGAAAGACAGCUAGAGCAUAUCAAUAUGAUACAAUACUUUCCAGUAUCGGAACCAACGCUGACUGCUAUUCAGCAAGCAACAGAAUCUGAUGCUACCCUGAGAGAGCUGAAGACAACAAUCAGAAGAGGCUGGCCAGCUACCAAGGCAGAGGUAUCAGCAAACAUCAGUGGUUAUUUUACAUUUCGGGACGAGCUGUCUUUGCAGAAUGGACUGGUCUUCAAAGGUGAAAGACUAGUUAUCCCUAUGAGCGUGAAAGCUGACAUGUUGGCUAAGAUCCACCGGAGCCACAUCGGCAUCCAAGGCUGUCUCAGAAGAGCAAGAGAAGUAGUUUACUGGCCAGGGAUGAGCAAAGAUGUCGAAGAUUAUGUAGCCAAGUGUUCCGUUUGCAACAGCCAGCCUGUCGAGCAAGGAAAAGAGCCAAUGAUUUGUCACGAGCUGCCUAGUAGACCAUGGGAGAGAAUCGCAGUUGAUCUUUUUGAUCUGAACGGUGCAGAUUUCUUGGUGACCGUUGACUACUAUUCAAGCUUCUUUGAAGUUGACAGAAUGACAAGCAAGACAGCAGACGAAGUUGUGAAGAAGUUGAAAGCCCAUCUCGCACGUCAUGGAAUUCCCGACCAGCUUGUAUCGGAUAAUGGACAGCCCUUCUCUUCCGCAAAGUUCCAACAGUUCGCAGACACUUAUGGUUUUGAACAUAUAACAAGCUCUCCAACAUAUCCUCAGUCCAACUGCAAAGUCGAGAACAUGGUGAAGACAGCAAAACAUCUGCUAGAGAAAGCCGUCAAGUCUGAACAAGACCCAUAUCUUGCCCUGCUGGACUGGAGAAACACUCCUACAGAAACACUCAACUUGUCACCUGUUCAGCGAUUAUUCAGUAGAAGAACAAAGGCUCUACUCCCAACCUCAAACCAAUUGCUCAAGCCGAAGCUACCAGAGGAGGUUGAUCAGAAGUUGAAGCUACAGAAGGCUAAACAAUCCCUGUAUUACAACCAAGGCGCCAAAGAACUGAAGGAACUGCGCCCAGGAGACACAGUGCGAUUGCAGCCACUAAAAUCCCACUUGGGGAAGAAGAAGGAUUCGACCCAAGCAAGAGUCGAAGGCAAAGUCCACAUAAGGUCCUAUCAAGUCAGAACAGAAGAUGGAAGAGUUUAUAGCAGGAACCGCGGACACCUGAGACAUACACGCGAAGUGAUGCCACACAGUGAAGAUGGGAUGAGAUUAUCCCCAAAAGCAACACCAAUUUCUGCUACUGCAAAUUCUGGUGAUGAAAUACCAUUGGUACCACCUUUCAUACCAAGUACUGCAGUCACUAAGGACCAAUCAGACACAGUACCUUUGCAGAACACGGACAAGCCACAUCCGGAAUAUCCACUUCAGCCUGCAGCAGAUAAGCGGGAGAUUUCCCCACCGUGA